UCCCACUCCCAAAUGUGUAGUCCUGGGCCUCAGUUUCCCCAUUUACACCAGCGGGCCGAGCCCCCAACCCGCCCACCCACGGCAGCCAAUGGCUGGGGCGUCCCCCCGAUUUGAGGCGGAGCCCAGUCACGUGCCUGGAAGAAAGAACAAGCGGGGCGAGGGGUUGGAGCAGCCAUGGCAGCUCCGGAGUCGCUCUCCCCGGCGGGCGGCGUGGGCGAGGAGGCGCCGGAUGAGGACGAGGAUGAGGCGGAGGCCGAAGACCCGGAGCGGCCGGCGGGAGCGAGUGGAGCGCGCGGCAGCGGCGGCGGCAGCGGCAGCGGCGGAGCCGGAGCUGGGAGCUGCGUCGGGGCCGGGGGCGCGCUCAGCAGGCGCUCGGUAACACUGAGGGUGCUCCUCAAAGACGCGCAGCUGGAGCCGGGCGCUGGAGUGCUGUCUAUCUACUAUCUGGGGAAGAAGUUCAUGGGGGACCUGCAGCCAGACGGGAGGAUUGUGUGGCAGGAAACCGGGCAGGUGUUCAACUCACCCAGCGCCUGGGCCACCCACUGCAAGAAGCUGGUGAACCCAGCCAAGAAGUCGGGCUGUGGCUGGGCUUCCGUCAAGUACAAGGGCCAGAAACUGGACAAAUACAAGGCCGCCUGGCUCCGGCGACACCAGCUCCAUGUGCCUGCAGCUACCGCCGACGAGAGCCCGGCCAGCGAAGGGGAGGAGGAGGAUCUGCUGAUGGAGGAAGAGGAGGAAGAGGUUCUGGCAGGGGUCUCAGCGGAGGACAAAAGUCGAAGGCCACCUGUGAAGGGCCCCUCAGAGCCUGCCCACCCGGAGGCCACGUCCCUGGGGAAGCGAGGAGAAAACAACAAGAUCCGGGCGCCAGUGCGAUACUGCAUGUUGGGCAGUCGAGACUCUGCCAGGAACCCCCACACCCUGGUGGAAGUAACAUCGUUCGCUGCUGUCAACAAGUUCCAGCCAUUCAACGUGGCCGUCUCCAGCAACGCGCUGUUCCUGCUGGAUGGGGUUGGGGUCAGCUGCAGCCUGAACAUGUCUUCUGGUACACCUCUUCCCCAGGACUUCCACAGCCACCUAACGCGCAGCGAGGUCGUGGGGUACCUGGGGGGACGCUGGGACAUCAACAGCCAGAUGCUCUCGGUGCUGAGAGCCUUCCCCUGUCGCAGCCGGCUGGGGGAUGCGGAUACGGCGGCCGCCAUGGAAGAGGAGAUCUACCAGAGCCUGCUCCUGCGCGGCCUGUCCCUAGUGGGCUGGUACCACAGCCACCCGCACAGCCCGGCCCUGCCGUCGCUGCAGGACAUCGACACGCAGAUGGACUACCAGCUGCGGCUGCAGGGCUCCAGCAAUGGCUUCCAGCCCUGCCUCGCCCUGCUCUGCUCCCCUUACUACUCUGGCAACCCGGGCCCCGAGUCCAAGAUCUCCCCCUUCUGGGUGAUGCCGCCCCCUGAGCAAAGGCCCAGUGACUACGGCAUCCCCAUGGACGUGGAGAUGGCCUACGUCCAGGACAGCUUCCUGACUAAUGACAUCCUCCAUGAGAUGACGCUGCUGGUGGAGUUCUACAAGGGCGCCCCUGAUGCGGUGCGGUUCCAGGAGCCCUGGGACCCGGAGCACACCUGCCUCGACAAGCUGAAGAUCUCCCUGGCCGGCAGGAUGCCCAAGGACCAGGGCCUGUGCCACGUGCUGGAGCAGGUGUGCAGCGUCCUCAAGCAAGGCAUCUGAGGGCGUCGGCCUCUCAGGACCUGGGAGGACUCCUGGUCAGACUCGGAGCCCCUUGCCCCACUCUCGGCAGCUCUGCGUGAGGGGGAACAGGAUUCAGGGCUUUGUCUGUGGUUGUGACUGGCUUGUGCGGUGGCAGGGGCUUACACAAUAAAGGAGAGAAACAACCCAG